AUGAUGAAGAGGGCAUCUUUGGUUUUCGCACCAGUUGCGCUUCACUCACUCGUGCCCCCCUCCGGACGCCAGAGGUGCCGCCAAGAACAACAGCAGCAGCGCCAGAGAAACGGCAGCAGGAGUCACGACAAGGAUAUUGAAGGCACCGCGGCGGCACCCGCGUCCAAGUCGUUCUGGUGCUGCGAGGCUGAAACGGUGGCGCUGCAGGAGCUCAAGCGCAACUACGCGAACGACCGCUUCCUCGAUAAAAAGACGCGGUUCGUCGUGCGUCAGCGUCUGCGGGAAGGAGGUGUAAUGUCAAACCUGUACUUCCUCAAGAUGGUCCCCGAGUCACCGUUGUACACGUAUGAAGUCGAGGCCACACGUCGUCUCUUUCACGCAAAGCCGUCAGAUGCCGAGUGUGAGCAGAGCAGUGUCGGUAAAGCAAAGGGGCGCAAGAAGAAAAACGGCGGAGUGGGGGCAGCAGCAAAAGCAACAGCAACAACGACAACGGUAAAUACUUCUGGCCCAAUCAUCAAGCGAGUCGAUGCGACGCGGGCGUGGCGGGUGGUGCAGCGGUUUCUGCAGCGCCGCGUCCCCGAUGCGCCACCGCUGGUGUGCGUGCGGCAGAAGGUGUACGCCACCGCCCCGCUCCCCGCCACCGCGCUGCAGCUGCCGGCGGAGUUCCUCGACUUGGGCUGGGAGGCGUGCACGCUGCGCUUUCUCGGUAGGGUCCCCAUGGCCCAGCUGGAUCCCACCGACGUGCAGGAGCUGACAAACAAGAUCGUUUUGUGGGCGCUGCAGCAGCACAGUGCACUAAACAAAAAGUACGCCGUCGCACGGGACUCGAACGGUAAAAUGGUCUACACGCACGACAGCAUCACUGUGGGUGGACUGCGCAUCUUCAAGGGUACCGUCGUGCGGGCCGUCUUUAUUGAUACGAGGGGCGCCAUUGAGGUGACCCCAUCUGCUGUUGCUGCCGUGUCGCCGCCACCGCCGUCCAGUUCCGUGCUGACGACGCUUUCGGCAGGCCAUCACACCGCAGAGGCACUGCGAUUUCUCGUGAAGGAGUUCCUGCGCGAGUUUGAGUAUAAGGGCACACCUGUGCAGAGUUACCGCAUCGAGGACGCCUCUGGCGUCACGAUGGCAUCCAUGUGGAAGGCCACGAAGGCGGCGAGGCUCCAGGUUGGGGUGGUGUACGAGGCGACAAACUUCCGGGUCCGUGUGUUUGAGAGUCGUGGGGGCAUGCGUCUUGUGGAGAUGACUGUGGGGGAAACAGCGCUGAAAGUUGUGGAACAACGACAGGACGAAGAGGACGAGGAGGAUGCGUCCAGCAGUGCCAAGGCAUCGAAAAGGCGGCAAAGGAAAGGCGGAAAGCGGUCGGCGGGAAAGGAAGAAGAACAGCAGCAACAUGUGGCCCCAAAGGCAAUGCCCGGUGAGCUUGCGCUGAAGAUCGACACGAAGGGCACCGUCGCAGCAGAGCUCUCUCUCUGGGAGGAGGUGAAGCAGCACUUUGGCAGCGGACCGUACGACAGCGCCACGGAGGAGCGCAUCGCACGCUCUGUGCAGGGCACACCGGUGAUAACGUCCGCCACACUGCGCCACUCAUCCAUCCGUCUUGUACGGUUCAACAUCGUGCCCAGCGAGAUCGACCUCGACCCUGCGCUGCAGCGCUUCGCCUGUGAGCUGGAGCCCAGUCAGCCGUAUGCAGUGCUAAGCGACUACACCGUCGUACCGCUGCAGGCACUGCAUUGCUGCUACGACCCCCGCAUGAAGUCGUGGCAGGACAUCACCGUCGCCGCGUGCUCGCUCCUGCCGGCACCGCGGCUCGACAUCCUGGAGAUGUUCCGCGCCGCGCUGGAGGGCGGACUGCAGCGGUGGGGUCUCGCGCUGGCGCCGCAGCCGUGGUCUUCCAGGGCGCUCUCGCUGCUGCCCACCCCGCAGAAGACGUUGUCGCGGGGGCUCGAGAAGAACGGUGGCCGUCGCCACCCACAGCAGCAGCAAAAGACGCUGCGGCACCCGCCGCCGCCAGCGUUUCCGACGACUGUUGCAGUUGUCGCCAUCGCGGUGCCGCAUGCGGGGGAAGAGGAGCGCGCACGCGUCACACAGACCGCGCAGGCGCUGGCGCGUGCCUUCCGCACCACCACCACUAUCACCGUAACAGACGAGAAGGAGGCGGUACGGUACUUGGUGCAGCAGCUCACCACCACCACCGCAACCGUCGACGGGGCGCUGACAGACCCCAACACUGCCGCUGUCAUUGUGGCCGCAGAGCGCGACACACGCCCGUCGCGCUGGGUGCAUGCGGAGUGUCUCUCGCGGGGCAUUCACGCGGUAUUUAUGCCGCCCGCUGCAUCACCGAAGCACCAGGCACUGAUGUGCGAAAACACUAGGGUGCGGCUUCGCAAUGCCUUCGAAGUGAACCCAGUCCGUGGCGUGGAUAUCGCGCGCGAAGUGCCGGCGGUGGCGCAGCGCCGCGUUCUUGUUGUUGGUAUCGACGCAUGCCACACAACGACGUUCAGCACCGGCAGCAUUGUCGGCGUCUUGUGCGCGCCAGAGCGCAACCAUGUGCUUCCGAUUUUCUGGAAGCACGAGGCGCGCGGGCAGGAAGUGGACCAGGUCGCGGAGCAUUUCCAACUGCUGCUGCAGCGCGCCUGUGAGCUCUACGACGGGCUGGAUGAGGUUGUGGUGUUCCAGGACGGCGACGUGUACAGCGAGAUGCACCGCAUGCAGCCGCAUGUGCCCCCCGGCUGUGGCUUCACGUUUAUGUGCCUCCACAAGCGGUCAAAUGUGCGCUUCGUGCACUGCCUGGGCGCCGAGCACAGCGCCCUCAAGACGCGUGCCGGCAACGUGGUGAAGGGCGCUGUCGUGCAGGCCCUCACGCCUGUCUUGCCGGACGCUGUGGGCAGAGACACAAAGGAGGAGGCCACAGCGCCAUCCUUCUACCUGCAGAAUCACGACUGUAACAUGUCUACGGCGCGCACAGUGCACUACACCGUUCACAGCACGAGCCCCACGCUGGAUGUGUCGGACGUGCAGCAGCUGUCGCAUGCGCUCUCGCACGUGAUGGCGACGCAGGCGACAAAGUUGCCGAUGCCCACGCGGUGCGCCCACCGCUUGGCGAGUGUGGCGGAACGCCUGCUUGAUGCGGCUCCACCAUUGCAGUGCAGCAUGAUACCUGCUCCAUUGAAUGAGAGACUGUGGUUCUUCUAG